AUGCCUCAACCGUCGGCGAACGUCGCCUUUGCGUCGGCGCAGAUCCCCGUCGCAUCGGAAAUUAUUCCCCGCCUCUACAUUUCCGAUAUCAGCGCCGCUGAAAACCCGGCGGUCCUGCGCGCCUUGGGCAUCACGCACGUCCUCUCUGCCAUGCGUGGUACCGUGGCCCUCCCGCCUGCAGGCUCCUGGCCUCUAAUGCGCGCGAUGCAAGUGCAGCUGGAGGACAACCCGUUCGCGGAACUUGCGGCUCAUUUACCUGCCACGACCGCGUUCGUACGGGAGGCGCUCCGCGAUCCAAGCGCACGGGUGCUUGUACAUUGCGUCCAAGGUGUCAGCCGCAGCGCGAGCGUCGUCUGCGCUUUCCUGAUCGCCCACUACGGCUGGUCACCCGCUCAAGCAGUACAAUAUGUCAAGUCAAAGCGUGCCAGUGCCGAGCCCAACUUCGGCUUCGUAGGACAGCUGCAAGAAUAUGCGGAUAAGCUUCGUUCUGGAGCUUUCGCUUGA